AAGACUAUCUCUCUCUCUCCCCGUCCAGAGGAAAAGAUAGAGAAGAAAGCAACGCGGGAGAUACACUGCAGUCAAACAUAACCUUACUGCGGGUCGGAAAUUUAUUACUUAUGCAACUUAAAAGUGUGUUGCUGACGUAUAACGUUUUAAAAACUGUCGAAUAAUGGAUCUGAAGUGUGACAUUUGCUUCUUCAAUUUUGACCUGAACGCCCACCGUCCCAAAAACUUGCCCUGUGGACACACAAUUUGCAAGGAAUGUGUUGAAAAUCCUGCCUUGGGAAAGAAGUGCCCAACUUGCAGGAAGGCAUUUAGGAUACGACGAUUUGAGGACCUUCCCGACAGCUUUUUAACGAUCCGGCUGUUAGAAGACGAGCACGCCCCACUCUGCAAGAAGCUCAGGACCGAGGACCCAGAGCUGGAGCAGCUACAGCGCGGCGCGGACGCGGGGAGGAAGGUGGUGGAGAUACUGCGGCGGGUGGUGCCUCUAGCAGUCGAGUCCCUGAACCGCCAGCUGGAGUCGUCUGUCGCCCAGCUUGGCAAAGUGGAGGAGGCCGUGCAGAGGCGGGAGCAGCGGGAGCCGGCCGGCGUUUUGGGCACCGCGUCGGACGCCGUGGAGGAGCCGCUGCAGCUGGCGCAGGAGCUGGAGGCCAGCCACCGCCUGCUCACCUCCACCAAGUGCACCGUCACAGCCGAAGAGGAGGGUGGCAACGCCUGGACGGCCUCUGUGCAGCCCGGCGGGUGCGGCGACAUCUUGCCCGUCCUUCUGCUGCAGCUGCGGGCGGACGGCCAGCUGGGAAAGGUUGACGACACCAUCGCCGAACCUCGCGGCCCUGCUGCGGCUUACGUGGGGCCGCCUCUGAUCUCUGUUCUAUGGAUAAAUGAAAAACACCUCGACAAUGGUCGUCUAAAAGUGAGUGACAUUCUUCGUGACAUCCCGAAGAAAUGGUCCAUGCCUCGCAGCAUGAAGUACUUAACGGGUGACGGCUCUGACGACUUGCUGCGGGUCAUGGGUGCGCACCUAGAGGAGCUGGUGACUUCGGGGGAUGUUCAGCCCUGCGUCAUGGAAGAGGUGCGUAAGAUGUCGGGACUCAGAAGACUGGAAGUUCAAUGCGCUAAGAAUGUGGACUACCCGGACCUGCCGUUACAGCUGGAAGAACUUUGUUUAUAUUAUGUUACCGAGAAUCAGCUUCGUUGUGUGGAGCGCAUGCCCAGGCUGCGCAGCUUGGCGGUGCACAAUUACCAAGGUCCUAAUCUGACUUUCCCUCCCUCGCAGCAUGGCAGGCUGCUUUGGCUUGAGGUGUCUUUUGAUGUUGACCACAAGCCCACCAUGCUGUCAUUGAUUCGGGCCAAUGCCUCGUCUCUGCAGGAGCUCCGUAUAUUCUGUGCCUUCCCUACCGAUAGCAAGGGCAAUUACUUCCCCGACCUGGGCCAGGAGCUAGCGGCGUGCGAUCUGCGUACCUUGCGGCGGCUCGUCCUUGUACGCCCUGUGAAAUAUCCGUGCACUGACCAAACUGUACGCUGCGUGUUGGAGCGAAGAACUAUUCAAAGCGCAUUACCCACGUGUAUCGACGUGGUUUGCAAGUCGUGUCACACACCGGAAAUCUAGCCGCACUAUGUGUUCAGACGCGUCAAUGUAGCGAAACCCCCUUCAAGACAGGAGAUAAAUUGUUGCGCGCACUAUAACCCAAGCUACAAGGACUUUUAAACCUCUGAAAUAGUCUAAAAAUUGUGUUGUUGUUCUUUAAAAAAUUCUAAGGUACUUCUCAAGUUUGGUCAAUUAAACUUUUUGUAAGUAAGUAA